AUGGCGACUGUGCAUGGAAAUGUGCUCCGCAUGGGACCUGCCGGUGACCAGUGGUACUACCAUCGGAAGGAGCGAUUGUACGAUUUGACGCGGGGCUACGGCAAGGACGGUCACGAUGGCAAGGGCGACCAACUGCCCGCGCAGGAUGCCACUGUCACUAUUUCCACGACCACCGGGCCUUCCGACACGCGCAUUGCCCUGGCACCAAGCCAGACGGCGCUCGUUAUCGUCGACAUGCAGAACUUUUUUCUCCACCGCCGCUGCCGUGACCACCCGACAGGCCGUGCCGCGGUGGCGCCGACGCUGGCGGCCAUUGACAGCUGCCGACGGGCGGGCAUCCGAGUCAUUUGCCUCAACUGGGGCCUGACCGACCACCACCUGGCGACGGUGCCGGCGGCGGUUGUAGCUGGGUUCUCGCGGAUGAUGGUGCGGGAGGACGCCGACAAAGAGCCGACGCCGUCCGGCCUCGGUGUCGACCGCGGUGAUGGCUGCGGCCGAUGGCUCGUCAAGGGUGAAUGGAACAGCAACGUGUAUGAGGGAGAAGGCGAGGGAGAUGCGGCGGUGGACAAUCUCUCGGUGGCCGUCCAACCCGAUUUGGGCGACGUGCUGUGCGAUAAGACACGCAUGUCGGGCAUGUGGUCAGACGACGCGCCAUUGCGGCAGUACCUGACGGAGCUUACAACCAUCCGCACGCUGCUGUUUGCCGGCGUCAACACGGACCAGUGCGUGUUGGGCACGCUGACGGACGCGUACAACGGCGGUUGGGAUUGCGUGGCGGUGGCCGACUGCUGUGCGACGACCUCACCACACGGGCAGGAGUUGACAAUGUUUAACGUUGCGGUGAGUUCGGGAUUUUCCCUUUAA